AUGUCAAGGCAAAAUCUCUUUCCUUCAGGCACACCAGAGUACUGCCCACCUGAGUACUACGUGGACCACAAGUACCACGGGAAACCAACUACUGUAUGGUCUCUGGGAAUGCUCUUGUUCUUGUUGGUGUGUGGAGACUUCCCAGAACCCAAAGACACCGAGUCGAUUGAUUACGGUGUGUGGUUUAAGCCUGACUUGUCGAAUGAAUGCUGCCACCUGAUUCGGUCCCUACUGAAUGAAAGCCCAAGCCAGCGGAUUGAUUUGGGGGAAAUCCUUUCACAUGAAUGGUUGAAGGUUUAGAGCCUGCUGUCUGCAUGGUCCCUCAAUGCCUUAGCAUGCCAAACCCUGGUAGCAUUUGGUGCCUUGGUUUGAGCCAGUAAUAUCUGUGUCUGGCAGUAUUACUUACAUACUGUAUAUGGU